UCAUUGGGCUGCGCGGCGCGGCUGGAGCUGUGGUUGCCGGAAGUUGAGCGGCGACAGGUAAGAACAGUGGCCAUGGGGGACCCUGGACUGUCCAAGCUGCAGUUCGCCCCCUUUAAUAGUGCCCUGGAUGUUGGCUUCUGGCAUGAACUAACCCAGAAGAAAUUGAACGAGUAUCGCCUGGACGAGACCCCCAAGGACAUCAAGGGCUACUACUACAAUGGUGACUCUGCUGGCCUGCCCACCCGCCUGACAUUGGAGUUCAGUGCUUUUGACAUGAGUGCCCCCACGCCUGCCCGCUGCUGCCCUGCCAUGGGGACCCUGUACAACACCAACACGCUCGAGGCCUUCAAGACCGCAGACAAGAAGCUCCUCCUGGAACAGUCAGCCAACGAGAUCUGGGAAGCCAUAAAGUCAGGCGCAGCUCUCGAGAACCCCAUGCUCCUCAACAAAUUUCUGCUCUUGACCUUCGCGGACCUGAAGAAGUACCACUUCUACUAUUGGUUUUGUUGCCCCGCCCUCUGUCUUCCUGAGAGCAUCCCUCUAAUCCAGGGACCUGUGGGCUUGGAUCAAAGGCUUUCACCAAAACAGAUCCAGGCCCUCGAGCAUGCCUACGAUGAUCUGUGUCAAGCUGAAGGAGUCACGGCCCUUCCAUACUUCCUAAUCAAGUACGACGACAACACUGUGCUGGUCUCCUUGCUCAAACACUACAGUGAUUUCUUCCAAGGUCAAAGGACAAAGAUAACAGUUGGUGUGUACGAUCCCUGUAACCUAGCCCAGUACCCUGGAUGGCCUUUGAGGAAUUUUUUGGUCCUGGCAGCCCACAGAUGGAGCGGCAGUUUCCAGUCCGUUGAAGUCCUCUGCUUUCGUGACCGCACCAUGCAGGGGGCGAGAGAUGUGGCACACAGCAUCAUCUUCGAGGUGAAACUUCCAGAAAUGGCAUUUAGCCCAGAUUGUCCUAAAGCAGUUGGCUGGGAGAAGAACCAGAAAGGAGGCAUGGGACCAAGGAUGGUGAACCUCAGCGGAUGCAUGGACCCCAAAAGGCUGGCUGAGUCAUCCGUGGAUCUGAAUCUCAAGCUGAUGUGUUGGCGAUUGGUCCCCACCUUGGACUUGGACAAGGUCGUGUCUGUCAAGUGCCUGCUGCUGGGAGCUGGUACCUUGGGGUGUAAUGUAGCUAGGACACUGAUGGGCUGGGGUGUCAGACAUGUCACAUUUGUGGACAACGCCAAGAUCUCCUACUCCAACCCUGUGAGGCAGCCUCUGUAUGAAUUUGAAGAUUGUCUGGGGGGUGGCAGGCCCAAGGCCCUGGCUGCAGCAGAGCGGCUCCAGAAAAUAUUUCCCGGAGUGAAUGCCAGCGGUUUCAACAUGAGCAUCCCCAUGCCGGGACAUCCUGUGAAUUUCUCUGGUGUCACGCUGGAGCAGGCCCGCAGAGACGUGGAGCGGCUGGAGCAGCUCAUCGAGAGCCAUGAUGUCAUCUUCCUGCUAAUGGACACCAGAGAGAGCCGGUGGCUUCCUGCUGUCAUUGCGGCCAGCAAGCGGAAGCUUGUCAUCAACGCUGCCUUGGGGUUUGACACCUUUGUUGUCAUGAGACACGGCCUGAAGAAACCCAAGCAACAGGGAGCUGGGGACCUGUGCCCGAGCCACCUUGCGGCGCCUGCUGACCUGGGCUCCUCGCUCUUUGCUAACAUCCCUGGAUACAAGCUUGGCUGCUAUUUCUGCAAUGAUGUAGUGGCUCCAGGAGACUCAACCAGAGACCGGACACUGGACCAGCAGUGCACGGUGAGCCGCCCAGGCCUGGCUGUGAUUGCAGGUGCCCUGGCUGUGGAGCUGAUGGUUUCUGUCCUGCAGCAUCCUGAGGGGGGCUAUGCCGUCGCCAGCAGCAGUGACGACCGCAUGAACGAACCUCCCACCUCUCUGGGCCUUGUGCCUCACCAGAUCCGGGGAUUUCUGUCACGGUUCGAUAAUGUCCUUCCUGUCAGCCUGGCAUUUGACAAAUGUACAGCCUGUUCACCCAAAGUUCUCGAUCAAUACGAGCGGGAAGGAUUUGCCUUCCUAUCGAAGGUGUUUAACUCCUCACAUUCCUUCUUAGAAGACCUGACUGGACUUACACUGCUCCAUCAAGAGACCCAAGCUGCAGAGAUCUGGGACAUGAGUGACGAGGAGACCGUCUGAGGCAACCACAGCUCAGGAGUGCUCGGCCCUCAGCGCAGGACUGUUCCCCGCGACUGGUGAUCUGGGUCCUGCCACCUCCCUGGUUCUGAUACCUACUCCCCCGAGGAGUAGGGGUACCCUCCGCUGCCCAGUUCCGCUCUUUGCCGCACCAUCUCACCAGCUCGGAAGUCAAUAAUAACUGUGGCAUUGCCACUGAUCUGGGCUCAGG